AUGAUUACCAUUCUUAAUAAGGCUGUGAAUUUUUAUACAAAAAACAAAAGAAGAAUUGAUCCUCAUAUUACAUUGCUAGGGCUCUACUUAACAACCAAAUUCUUAAUCAAAAAGACAAAGUACAUUCUAUCAACUUUAAUGCUUUCCCAAGUUGAUAUUGUGAAUAAAUAUGGAAAAGGAUCAUAUGCCUUAAUCACAGGUGGAGCUGGAGGAAUUGGAAAAGAAUUCGCUAUUGAUUUAGCAAAGAAGGGAUUUAACUUGAUUAUCGUUGAUUUCAAUCAAGUCAAUUUGGAAUCUGUAUAAUAAGAAAUCCUAAAAAUAAAUAAUAAUCUGAUGGUUAAGACAAUCUAAUUAGACUUUAGUCAAGGCAAUAAUCCCGACUUCUUUAAGAAAUUGCAAUAAGAAAUAUCAAAUUUAGAUAUUUCCAUUUUGAUUAAUAAUGUAGGGACAGUCAAAGGAGCCACUGGUAUAUUUGAUAGAUAACCUAUUUAAAAUAUCAUAGAAGGCUUUAACAUUAAUUUUGUUACUGCCAUCAUGCUCACCCAUGCAGUCAUCAAUUAAAUGCAUUUGAGAGAUAAAUAUCAAUCAUUAAUCAUAAACCUAAGUUCUGCUUCCUCUAAUUUUCCUUUGCCUCAUUAUUUUGGAUAUGGGUCCUCAAAAAUUGGCAUGGCUAGCUUUUUUGAUGCUUUAGCCUUAGAAAAUAAGGAUAAUAAAAAAAUAGAUAUUUUGACAUUAAAGCCAUACUACGUGAGUACUGCAUUGAUUAAUUACAGAAAAGGGUUAUUUGUUAUAUCCCCAUAACAAUUGGUUCAAUAAACAUGGAAAUAUGUUGGUAGAACAACAGAGGCCAUUCCAAAUAUAAGUCAUCAAUUGUAAUAUUAUUUUGAUUCAUCAAUACCUUAUUGGUUAAUGAUGAAAAUUAAUCAAUUUUAAAGAAGACCUUAAAAAAAAUGAUAUUGAUAAUGAAUUAUCUAAAAGUAAAAUAUUAAUAGUAUUC